CAUUUGUACGUUUGUUAUCGGUGCGAAAUGCACAUAGGUAAUGAGUCUGAAUAAUGAAUAAUUCAUUUUCGUUAAAUUUUGCUGGAGUCAUGUCUUUCGAUAAAGUAUUCGUUGGAACAUUUUUGGCUGCCCUGAUGAUUGGCGAUGGAGCUGUCGAUGGCAAAGAUAUAUUGAAGACCAGUUCUGGAAUACCUGUUGAUAGUUUUACUGCUUCUUUAACCGCUGGUCCCCAUGGACCUGUUCUGCUUCAAGAUACAAUCUUAAUCGAUCAGUUAGCUCAUUUCAAUCGAGAGCGUAUUCCUGAACGAGUUGUGCAUGCUAAAGGAGGCGGCGCAUUUGGAUAUUUUGAAUGUACUCGCGAUGUCACAAAAUACACCAAGCUGACCCCUUUCUCUAAAAUUGGUAAACGAACUAAAGUAGCAGUACGGUUUUCCACUGUUGUAGGGGAAAGUGGUUCAGCUGAUACUGUUCGUGAUCCUCGAGGAUUCGCCGUCAAAUUCUACACAGAGGAUGGAAUAUGGGAUAUAGUGGGAUUAAACUCUCCAGUAUUUUUCAUCAGAGAUCCUAUGCUAUUUCCUAGUUUUAUUCAUUCCCAAAAAAGAAAUCCAGCUACACAUUUACGGGACUAUAACGCGUACUGGGAUUUCGUGUCUUUGAGACCAGAAACAACGUACCAAAUAAUGACAGUUUUUUCGGAUAUGGGUAUACCAGAUGGUUUUAGAUACAUGCACGGAUUUGGAAUCCAUACUUUCAAAUUGGUCAACAAACAUGGCGAAGUUUACUGGUGCAAAUUCUAUUUUAAAACAAAUCAAAAAAUAAAAAAUUUACCAGUCGAUGAAGCAGCCCAAAUAGCAGCCAUGGACCCCGAUUACAGUAUUCGUGAUUUAUACAAUGCCAUAGACCAGAAAGAUUACCCUUCUUGGACAUUGUACAUACAAAUUAUGACUCAUGAGCAAGCCGUAACGUAUAAAUAUAAUCCAUUUGACCCAACUAAGAUGUGGCCAACUGAGGACUUCCCAUUGAUAGAGGUUGGGGAACUCGUUUUGAACAGGAAUCCGAUCAAUUAUUUUGCUGAAAUUGAACAGUUGGCAUUUGCCGUUAGUAAUAUGAUACCUGGUGUAGAGCCCAGUCCGGAUAAAUUAUUACAAGGUCGACUUUUCGCAUACUCGGAUACUCAACUAUAUAGAUUAGGAGCUAAUCACUUACAAUUGCCAGUCAAUUGUCCUUGCAACGUUAAGGUAACUAAUUAUCAGAGAGACGGAGCAUCAGAUUACGCCAAUUACACUAUAAAAGGUGCACCUAAUUAUUACCCCAAUAGUUUUGGAGGACCACAGACACUUCCUCGGGUACAAAUUUCACCCUAUGAGGUCUCAGGGGAAGUCUUCAGAUACGAGACCGGCGAUGAUGAUAACUAUAGCCAGCCUGCAGUGUACUUAUGGGACAGUUUUGACGACGAAGAACGUUCUAGAUUGGUACAAAAUAUUGCUGAUCAUUUGAAAAAUGCUUAUCAUUUUAUUCAGGAAAGAGCGGUGGAUAAUUUUUCAAAAGUAAAUACCGAUUUUGGGGAUAGAUUAAAGGCAGCUUUGGCAACGAAGGGAUACACAUAGGCUAAUUCAUCUGUAAAGGUUGUGACCAGUGUGACGUGGUACUUUUAUUACAUAUUGGAUUGGUUUCAGUUCCAUUAAAACUUUCAAAUACUUA